UCACGUUUUGAUCCGAUUACGUUACACGAAGUGGAACAUUUGCAUUGCGCAGUCAGUAUUCUAAUCAAUUUCGAGAAAGCAAAAGACUACCGUGAUUGGGUUGUUGGUAUUCAUGGUAUCAGGAUAGAAUUCCAAGAUAAUCAUCACUAUCGCGAUGCCGUUUAUUUACCUGAAGUGGCCAGUGAACAAGGAUGGGAUCAUGUUGAAACAUUGGAUAAUUUGAUGCGUAAAGGUGGAUUUAGAGGACAUAUCUCCGAAGAAAUGCGCCUUAAAGUGAAUGUUGUUCGUUUUCAAUCAGAUAAAGUCCACAUGAGCUAUCAGGAGUAUGUCGCAUAUAAAGCGAAUUACGGUGAGCCGAUAAUGAAUGAGCCGUCGUAUGGAUCGCGUAGAGGAGGUCUGUUUCACUCAUGUAGACCGUAA